AAUGAUUUUUUGUUUCCAAGACAAACCCUAUUCCUAUUAUAAAUAGGAGAUUGUUUGCCUUUAAUCUUUUCUCAAGAAACUUCAUAAUCCAUUCAACAAGCACCACGUCAAUGGAAAACGAAAACGUAGUCCCCGUUGAUCCCGGCAGCCCGCUUUUUCUGUUCGGCGAUGGCUUUGAACUGGCUGGCGUUCUUUUUCCUUACGCCGUCUUUCACUUUCCUUCAAAGGAGAAGAAAGAGGCUUGCGAUUUUAUCGACAAGGUCGCCGACAAAUACCAUCGCCUGUGUGAGGAGAGGCAGCGGCUGGGUCUUAAAAGGCAGACACUUGAGGCUCGCAUCACUCAGGUGGAGAGGAAGAUAAGGGCUCUGGAAAGUGAUCCCUUUCAAUGGGAAUGGCGGAACUUCGAUUCUGUUGCUGAGAUCCCGAAGAUGCUUCGGAUGUAUCUCCGUGCUAAAGGAGUUCCGGGUCCUGUGAAUGCCCCGGUCUAUACCGUUCCAUCUGAUAGCGAGGAAGAAGACGAGGAGGAGGCCAGCACCGGUCGGAAACUCGUUCGGGAUCAUUCCGAAGUGGAUGCCAAGAACAAGGCGUCCACUUCGAAAGUUAAACCGGCGAUGAAGGAGCCUGUUCCUGAGCCUCUUCCUUAAAUGUUCCCUAACUCUACUCCUUUUUUUUUUUUUGA